CCUGAGGGCUUUGUUUUGUAUCAUGCUGUGACGUUUAUGUCAAUCGACUAUAAUCUAAAUCAUAUAGUGUUUUAUUUCACUCGACCUUAUUGUAAUUCUAUAACUUUAAACAUUAUUUCUAAAAAUUCAGAAUAAAUCAUUAAAUAAGUUUUUGUUUCGUUAAAUUGAGUCAAAUAACCAAUAGUAUUGUAUUGCAAAGAACAUGGGAUAUAAACAGAGAUUUUAUUAUUAUUCAUAUGUAAAGUAACGGCAUUUAGCAAUGUGGCAUCAUGCUUAGCGGACGUAGUCAACUUUCACCGAAGCUUCUCAUAAUACUUAUUUUACUCCAUCGCCUUCAGGUUGAUGCGACGACGGUGACAUAUAAACUGAAUGAUGGUCAUGAAAUACCAGUUGUGGCUCUCGGUACAAGUUUGGGACAUUUACCUGACGGUACAAGGGUGUUGUCUACUAACCAUUCGCUAGCUCGAGCGGUACAAUGGGCCCUGGAAGCCGGGUACAAACACAUCGACACAGCGCCUCUAUACCUCGUAGAAGACGACGUGGGUCUAGGCGUACGCAACUUUGUGAAGAACAAUGCCGCACAUAGAAAGGAUGUCUAUGUUACUACUAAACUUUGGAACGAUGCGCACGAAAGAGCCGAAGUAAUACCGGCACUCAGGAAAUCUCUUGAGGACUUGCAAAUGGACUACGUGGAUUUAUACUUAGUGCAUUAUCCGAUGGCGUACAAGAAAAAUGGUUCAAUAAGUUCAACGGACUACUUAGAAACUUGGAAAGGAAUGGAGGAUGCAGUAUUUCUGAACCUAACUAAGUCAAUAGGAGUGUCAAAUUUUAAUUUAACUCAAAUACAAAGACUGUGGAGUAAUUCUAUAAUAAAACCAGCUGUUUUACAAACUGAGGUAAAUCCAACAAUAACUGAAACAGAACUGAUUAAAUGGUGUAAAGAACAUAGGGUGGUUGUAAUGGCGUACAGUCCUUUUGGCGGUAUACUUGGUCGCAAGACAAAUGCGCCACCACCCCGCGCCGACGAUCCACUAUUAAUAGGUUUAGCGGAGAAGUAUAACAAGACAGUGCCACAGAUUUUGCUACGGUAUCUGGUGGAUCGAAAUGUAUUGCCGAUACCUCGAUCUACUAACAAGGAACGGAUCGAACAAAACAUUGACAUCUUCGACUUUCAGCUCACUUCUGAAGAGAUUGCGGAAUUAUCGGCAUUCAAUAGAAACUAUAGACUGAGGAAUUUCGUAAACUGGUACGAUCAUCCGCAAUUUCCGUUUGAAAGGAAGAGUCUCAGUCCGGGUGAAACACCGUAUAAAGCUUAGUGACGACAAGCAAUAGAGAAACGCUAACUGCUUUUAAUUUGUAUUUAGUUCCAUUUCAGUAGACUUUGUAUUUCAGAUAACAUCAAAUUUACAUGAAGAUAUUUAAAUCAUAAUACAUUAUAUACAUUAUUGUAAUUACAUAAAUCCUUAUUACACAAAUAUAAUUACAGAAUAUAUAAAAUGUAUGUAUAUAAAAUAAUACUACCUACCUGUAUAGUAAUAAGUAAUUUUGUGACGACGACGAAGUAAGUAUGAGUAAAUUAUUAUUUUAUCUAUACCUAUUAUCUGUGUUUAUUUAUACAUUACAUAAAAAAAUCAUGUAGGUAAUUUGAAUAAAACUAGGGUUUACAAUAUUAAUUAUAUACAAGUAAAACUGUCAGAACCUCAUACACAAUAACAAUUUUAAUUCUAUUUACAUAUUGUAUGUAUUUUAUAAAAUCCAGACGAAGCUUCAUAAUUUCUCUGUUUAUUCUAUAAACAACAAUGUAGAAUAAUAGGAAGUAAUAAAUGGUACAA